AUGGCGUACCCAAGCGACGCUGGCGUGGCUUGGGGACGCGAAGGGGACAAAGUCGUGGUGAGCACCCACAUGGCUAAUGAACAGCCACCUCCAGAGGUUCCCUCAGGAUCACAGGUAGUCCCUCAGACAAGGAGUAGCCCUUCAGCACCUGCAUCCCCUGCAACAUCUUCAGCUUCAGCACCAUUUUCCUCUCCUGCACAAGUAAGCAGCUCUUUAUCACCAGAUGGAAGUUACAGCUUUAAUUAUGAAACCGAUUCAAGUGACCGAGAAGAGAGUGCUGACCCAAACCUCAAUGUUAAGGGAAGAUUCAGUUUCCAAGGCACUGAUGGACGCCGCAGAACUAUUCGGUACAGAGCAGGAGCAGGUACCGGCUUUGUCGCUCAAGGAGAUCACAUUCCUGUUUCUCCAGAGGUUCCCUCAGGAUCACAGGUAGUCCCUCAGACAAGGAGUGGCCCUUCAGCACCAGCACCGUCUUCAGCACCUGCAUCCCAAGCACAAGCGAGCAGCUCUUCAUCACCAGAUGGAAGUUACAGCUUUAAUUAUGAAACCGAUUCUAGUGACCGAGAAGAGAGUGCUGACCCAAACCUCAAUGUUAAGGGAAGAUUCAGUUUCCAAGGCACUGACGGCCGCCGCAGAACUAUUAGGUACAGAGCAGGAGCAGGUACCGGCUUUGUCGCCCAAGGAGAUCAUAUUCCUGUUUCCCCAGAGAUGCCUGCAGGGUCACAGGUAGUCCCUCAGACAAAGAGUGGUUCCUCAGAAUUAUCACAAUCAUCUAGUCAUCUUUCUUCUGGCCUGAGCUCACUGGAUGGAACAUAUAGCUUUAAUUAUGAAACUGAUUCCAGUAACCGAGAAGAGAGUGCAGAUUCCGAUCUAAAUGUCAAGGGUAGAUUCAGCUUCCGUGCAGAUGAUGGGCGGGAAAGAACUGUUCAGUAUAAAGCUGGUGCUGGUUUAGGCUUUGUUGCAGAAGGAGAUCAUCUACCGAUCUCGGAAACAGGCACGCCAGGUUUUCCUACUAUUGCGGGAGGUUACAAAUUUGGCUACGAAACUGAUUCCAGUAUGCGUGAAGAAAAUGCUGAUCACCACUUGAAUGUUAGAGGCAGAUACAGCUUCCAAGCUGACGAUGGCCUACAAAGAGUUGUCACUUACAAAGCAGGAGCAGAUACAGGUUUCCUUGCAGAGGGGGAUCACCUCCCUGUUGCUCCUAGUGCAGCUACUGGUGAACUCCCUACAACGAAUAUAAAAUAUGUUAGCCCUGUUACAUAUACAUCCCCAAUCACUCCUGAAACUAGAUCUGAUGCAAGUUACAGCUUUAACUAUGAGACUGAUACCAGUUCCCGUUCUGAAAGUGCUGAUUCCGAUUUAAAUGUUCAAGGAACCUAUAGUUUUAGGCCUGAUGAUGGAGUUCAAAGAACUGUCAGCUAUAGAGCAGGGAGUGGAAUUGGUUUUGUAGCUGAAGGAUCCCACUUACCUGUUGCUUCUUCAGAAUCAGGAGCCUCUACAGCAUCUCGACCUGUAUCAGCAACAAAGGCUUCAUCUCCUACUACAUAUUCAGCACCAUCUGGAGUGGCUUCUGUUGGAAGCUCUUCAUCUCCUGAUGGAAGUUACAGGUUCAGCUAUGAAACUGAUGAUAGCUCCCGGUCAGAGAGUGCUGACUCCAACCUGAAUGUCCAAGGUACUUACAGUUUUAAACCUGAUGAUGGAGUUCAAAGAACUGUGAAUUACAGAGCAGGGAGUGGAACUGGUUUUGUUGCCGAGGGGUCUCACUUACCUGCAGCUCCUUCAGGAUCAGGAGCCUCCACAGCAUCCCGACCUGUAGCAGCAACGAGGGCUUCCUCUCCAACUACAUAUUCUGCACCUUCUCAGGCGGUUUCUGUUGGAAGCUCUUCAUCUCCUGACGGCAGCUACAGUUUUAACUACAAGACUGAUGAUAGCUCCCGGUCAGAGAGUGCUGACACAGACCUAAAUGUCCAAGGAACAUACAGUUUUAGACCUGAUGAUGGAAUUCAAAGAACUGUGAAUUACAGAGCAGGGAGCAGAACUGGUUUUGUUGCUGAGGGGUCUCAUUUGCCUGUUGCCCCAUCAAGUGCAUCUGGAACAAGGCCAAGUGUAUCAUCUCCAGUGGCUACAAAGAAAGGUCGUCCUACUACUUAUUCAGCAUCUCAAGUGUCUCAGGUGAAAAGUUCUUCAUCUCCUGAUGGAAGUUACAGCUUCAACUAUAAGACUGAUACCAGUUCUCGUUCUGAGAGUGCUGACUCUGACCUGAAUGUCCGUGGAACUUACAGUUUUAGUCCUGAUGAUGGAGUUCAAAGAACUGUGAAUUAUAGAGCAGGGAGUGGUAUUGGAUUUGUUGCUGAAGGAUCCCACUUCCCUGUAGCUCCUUCAGGAUCAGGAGCUUCCACUGCAUCUCAGCCUGUUUCUUCCUCUUCUACUACAUAUUCUGCACCUUCUGGAGUAGACUCGUCUGGAAGCGCUUCAUCUCCUGAUGGAAGUUAUAGUUUCAGCUAUGAAACUGAUGAUAGCUCCCGGUCAGAGAGUGCUGACUCUGGCUUGAAUGUCCAAGGAUCCUAUAGUUUUAGACCAGAUGAUGGAGUUCAAAGAACUGUAAAUUACAGAGCAGGGAGUGGAACAGGUUUUGUUGCCGAAGGGUCUCACUUACCUGUAGCUCCUACAGGGUCAGGAGCCUCCACAGCAUCUCGACCUGUAGCAGCAACGAAGGCUUCAUCUUCUACCACAUACUCUGCACCUUCUGGAGUGGCUUCCAUUAGAAGUUCUUCAUCUCCUGACGGAAGUUACAGCUUCAACUACAAGACUGAUGAUAGCUCCCGGUCAGAGAGUGCUGACUCCAACCUGAAUGUCCAAGGUACUUACAGUUUUAAACCUGAUGAUGGAGUUCAAAGGACUGUGACUUACAGAGCAGGGAGUGGAACUGGUUUUGUUGCCGAAGGGUCUCACUUACCUGUAGCUCCUUCAGGAUCAGGAGCCUCCACAGCAUCUCGACCUGUAGCAGCAACGAAGGCUUCAUCACCUACUACAUAUUCAGCACCAUCUGGAGUGGCUUCUGUUGGAAGCUCUUCAUCUCCUGAUGGAAGUUACAGCUUCAGCUAUGAAACUGAUGAUAGCUCCCGGUCAGAGAAUGCUGACUCCAACCUAAAUGUCCAAGGGACAUACAGUUUUAGACCAGAUGAUGGAGUUCAAAGAACUGUGAAUUACAGAGCAGGGAGUGGAACUGGUUUUGUUGCCGAGGGGUCUCACUUACCUGUAGCUCCUUCAGGAUCAGGAGCCUCCACAGCAUCUCGACCUGUAUCAGCAACGAAGGCUUCAUCUCCUACUACAUAUUCAGCACCAUCUGGAGUGGCUUCUGUUGGAAGCUCUUCAUCUCCUGACGGCAGCUACAGUUUUAACUACAAGACUGAUGAUAGCUCCCGGUCAGAGAGUGCUGACUCCAACCUGAAUGUCCAAGGAACUUACAGUUUUAAACCUGAUGAUGGAGUUCAAAGGACUGUGACUUACAGAGCAGGGAGCGGAACUGGUUUUGUUGCCGAAGGGUCUCAUUUACCUGUUGUCCCAUCAGGUACAUCUAGAACAAGGCCGGGUGUAUCACCUGCAGUGGCUACAAAGAGUGCUCGGCCUUCUACUUACUCAGCACCUUCUGGAACAGCUCAAGUCAAAAGUUCUUCAUCCUCUGAUGGGAGUUACAGCUUUAGCUAUGAUGCUGAUACCAGUUCCCGAGCUGAGAGUGCCGAUUCCAGUCUGAAUGUGCAGGGGACUUACAGUUUUAGUGCUGAUGAUGGAAUCCAGCGAACUGUAAAUUAUCGAGCAGGUUCUGCAACUGGUUUUAUUGCUGAAGGGAAACACUUGCCUACUGCUUCAACAGAUGUAUCAAGUCAUUCUCAACCUCUUAUUACUGUCAAAAGCUCACCUUCAUCAGUUUCUCUCUCAUCACCUGGGGUCCAAUCUUCUCAAAGCCGUACUGUAGGUAAUGUUUUGCUCCACCAAUAUGACUCAACAAACAAGUCUGGGAAAUAUGGCUAUGUGUUUACUGAACUGCGUCGUUAGUCAUAAGCAUAGCUAAUGACAAGACUCAAGACCUUUAUGCUACCUGCGCUGCUCGGAUCUCAGCGUUUGAUUGUAAAUAUCAAUAAUUGCACUGAAAAUGUCAUAAAAAAUAAACUGCAUGAGAACA